AUGGCUAUCGUCUCCAACAGGGGAGCAAAAAAACAUGCAGAGGAGACCUUGGCACUAGCUCAGCAGGCCUGCCAGGCCAGAGCAGCCGAGCUCCGAUCGGCACAUCACCAGCACCAGGAGGAGCUCCACAGAACCAAGAGAGACUGUGAGAGGGAGAUCCGGCGACUGAUGGAUGAGAUAAAGCUGAAGGACAGAGCAGUCAGUGUUUUGGAUAAAGCUCUGGGGCUGCAGGCUGGCCACGCCCACCGCCUCCAGUUACAGACUCAGGCUGCUGAACAACAAAUCGCUGCUCUGAGAGAUGCACAGAGGGCGGGGCUAACCCAUCCUGCUAACUCCACCCCUAACAAUGCUCCUUUCUUUACAGAUGAUCGAGAAACUCGCAGGUUUCAGCUGAAGAUCGCUGAGCUCAGCGCAGUCGUCAGGAAACUGGAAGAUCGAAACUCUCUGCUGUCUGAAGAGCGAAAUGAACUGCUGAAGCGUCUGAGAGAAACGGAGAGUCAGUUUCUUCCCCUUCUGGAUAAAAACAAACGUCUGAGCAGGAAAAACGAAGAGCUGGCCCUCGCCCUGCGUCGCCUUGAUAACAAACUUCGCUUUGUGACCCAAGAGAACAUGGAGAUGGCAACUAUGAGGAGACCCAGUUCCCUCAACGAUCUGGACCGGAGUCACUCCUCAAGUUACCAUGGCUACCACCAGGAUGAGCGCGAGAUGGAGUUUUUACGGUUACAAGUGGUGGAGCAGCAACACGUCAUCGAUGACCUUUCUAAGGCUCUGGAGACGGCAGGUUAUGUAAAGAACGUUAUUGAGCGAGACUUGUUACUGAGGUACCGACGUCAGGAACCGGUGAGGAGGAGGAAAACCUUCAGAGCCUGCAGGGUCAUAGAGACAUUUUAUGGUUAUGAUGAAGAGGCAUCGAUGGAUUCUGACGGAUCAUCUUUGUCCUUCCACACUGACAGAACUCCAGAUACGGAACCUGACGAGACUUGUGUUCGUGAGGAGGCAGAGCUUCGCUACCGCCAGCUUACGCAGGAGUACCAGGCGCUGCAGCGGGCGUACGCACUUCUGGCCGAGACAUGCGGAGGAAACUACGAUGCUGAGAAGGAGAUCAAGACCAGAGAACAGCUGCUGAAUGAAAUCAGUCGAUAUCAGAGCAGAGUGGCAGAUCUGGAAUCAGCGCUGAAGCAUCAAGGAUUGGACAUGAAGUGGGUGGAGGAGAAGCAGGCGCUGUAUCAGAGGAACCAGGAGCUGGUGGAGAAGGUGGUGCAAAUGGAAGGUGAGGCGCUGCGACUGAACAACGACAUUCAAGACAUCAGAGACCAAAAUGAGUUGCUGGAGUUCAGGAUCUUGGAGUUGGAGGAGAGGGAGCGCCGUUCACCCGGCAUCAACUUCAAACAACUGCACUUCCCAGAAGGUCUCAGUCCUCUUCAGAUCUACUGUGAGGCCGAAGGGGUCACUGACAUUGUCAUCAGUGAAAUGUUGAAGAAGUUGGACAUCCUGGGGGAUAACGCCAAUUUGUCCAAUGAGGAGCAGGUGACCGUGAUCCAUGCAAGGACGGUGCUCACUCUGGCAGAAAAGUGGCUGGAGUCCAUCGAAGUGACCAAGUCGGCUCUGCAGCAGAAAAUGUUGGACAUCGAGAACGAGAAGGAUCUCUUCAGAAAACAGAAAGGUUACCUGGAUGAAGAGCUGGACUUCAGGAAGCAGUCCAUGGAUCAGGCCCAUAAAAGGAUCUUGGAGCUGGAGGCCAUGUUGUUCGAGGCUCUGCAGCAGGAGGAGGCUUCCAGGACUCCAGGACUAAUGAAGGGAGAGGGUCGACUGUCUGACAUGUUGACAGAAGGAGAGAAAGAGGAACUGAGGAGAGCCAUGGAUCAAUGGAAACGAUGUGUGAUGUGUGAACUAAGAGAAAGAGAUGCCCAGAUCCUCCGAGAAAGGAUGGAACUGCUUCAGCUCACACAGCAGAGGAACAAGGAGCUGGAGGAAUGUAUAGAAGCACAGAAACGACAGAUCAAAGAGCUAGAGGAGAAGUUUCUGUUUCUAUUUCUGUUCUUCUCUUUGGCCUUCAUCCUCUGGUCCUGAAUGCAGCAGCCCACCAGAGACCACCAGGUGGACACUCAGCAGCGCCGGCUCAGUCUGGACCAGAACCGGGACACUGCAGGACUUUGCAGUGGCAAAGCCAGUGGCAACAAAGCACAACUCGACCCUUCUUGUUGUCAGCUGGCCUCUGCUUUGUAACGGCCACUUUCAGGACUGCCUCAGAGAUUAAAAGUGGUUUCCGUGGAAACAAAGCUGAGUUCAGGACAGUGAUGCUUCAAAUGAGACAAAAACAUCUGGGUUUCAGCUGAAUGACACCUGUAUACUGGUUCUAGAGUCACUGAGGUGGAAUGCAACACCAUCCGUCUCAGAACCGAAUGCUGAGCCCAGAAACGUCUUUACCACACUAGGAGGUCUGCUGAACAGAACCAGGAAGUCCAACUGAAACCCGGCUCAGACACAAACCUGCUGCGUCGUUACGAGUCAGAGGUCAGGAGUCGAAGGUGGGGAACUGGAAGGCGUUCAACUCAAGUUGGAGUCGACUAAAGUCCUGGCUGAGGCCAUGAAACCACCGACUACCUGCAGACACGAGAGAGUUUGCGAUGACCUUCAGAGUUCGGGUCAUCUGAUGCCUGGGAGCUUUUCAGAAAUGCAUGUUAGAAAGCAACAUGCAUGGCGGCAGGUCUCGUCUAGACCCGAAGCAAAAACUUCCUGCCAGAGGACGCCGAGUUUCUUCACCAGGUGCUGGAGGUGGAUCCAACCUCCUCCAUGUUCAUAAGGAGAUCCGACUCCAAGUGGAAACUUUUAAAACCCAAACAGUGUUUACUUGAUGGAAAAAUGUUCCUGGUUUUAUUCCUGUUACUGAUGAUGGAAGAUAACUUUACUGCUUUCAGAUGAUUUAAUAAAACAGAUGACGUUUUUAUUCUGCUACUGGAGAUAAUCUCAUUCAUCUGAAAUACAAACAUUAUUGAAUAUUUUGUACUUUUAAGUCAAUUUUUCAAUUUUUUUAAAUUAAAGUCGUCCUUCAGAUCAGCUUUAAUUUUGAAGUGAGCUCUGCAGUUUGUGGUCAUCAUCAGUCAAAGUGUAGAAAGAGCACAACUCUGUGUGGAUCCGGUUCAUCUUCACUUCCAGCAUUCUGGACUUUUAUGAUGCCAGAUUCUAUUUUUCUAACCCUGCUGUGAAACUCUGACGUCAUCACUGAGAUUAAAAUGUUGCACAUGAGA